AUGAAGCGCACGACUGCAGCUGAGCUUCUUGCCGUGAGCUGGGCAGGUGUUGCUGCCGCUCUCGACUACAACGCACCGCCGGGUAACCUGUCCAACCUUCCUAACUCGACGCUUUUCGAAACAUGGAGGCCCAAAAUUCACGUCCUCCCACCAACUGGCCAGAUUGGCGACCCAUGCGCACACUAUAGUGACCCUGAAACCGGUCUGUUCCACGUUGGCUACCUGCACAACAGCAGUGGAAUUGCUGCUGUUCAGACAAAUGACCUUGUGCACUACUAUGAUGUGAACAAGAAUGGCAAUUACUCCAUCACUUCUGGUGGUGCAAAUGACCCUGUCGCUGUGUUUGAUGGCUCUGUCAUUCCCAGUGGCAUCAAUGGCAAGCCGACACUGAUCUAUACCUCGGUUUCGUCGCUUCCCAUUCAUUGGACCCUUCCGUAUACUCGGGGAAGCGAGUCUCAGUCCCUGGCUGUUACUUCUGAUGGUGGAAAUUUUACCAAGCUCGACAUCCCGCCUGUGAUCCCUGAGCCUCCUGCGGGCUUGGAUGUUACUGCUUUCCGUGACCCAUUUGUCUUCCAGAACAGCGAACUGGAUCGAACCCUUAACAGCGCCAAGGGCACUUGGUAUGUCACUGUCUCUGGCGGCGUUCAUAAUGUCGGUCCUGGUAUCUUUCUUUACCGCAGCAAGAGCUCCAACUUUGAGCAGUGGGAGUACCUCGGGGAAUGGUUCAAUGCGCCUUCCAACUCGACUUGGGGUAACGGCGACUGGGCCAAGGUUUAUGGAUUUAACUGGGAAACUGCCAACGUGUUUGGUCUUGAUAGACAGGGAUAUAACUACAACGGCGAGUCCUUUAUGACUUUUGGUGUGGAAGGCUCUUACAUUCCUAUCCAGAAGGCCGUGUCCUCUUUGCAUGCUCAGCUAUGGGCAGCUGGCAAUGUCUCGACCGUUAAUGGCGAUGUGACUUUCAACCCUAGCAUGGUUGGUGUUCUUGACUGGGGCUUGUCUGCAUAUGCUGCGGCUGGAAAGGUCCUCCCCAGCACAUCUAAAGCCUCGUCGAGCAGCGGUGCGCCAGACCGCUUCAUCUCUUAUGUCUGGUUGACUGGAGACCUGUUCGAAGCAGUUAAGGACUUUCCCAAGGCGCAGCAGGGAUGGCAAAGCACUCUUCUUCUACCGCGUGAGCUGAACGUGCACACCAUUCCCAAUGUGGUGAACAAUGGUCUCAUCCAUGACACUGCCUCCUGGCGCGUGGCCAGCAACUUCUCCGCUGGCAACUGCGUCGAGCUCGAAACUCUGGGCGUGAACAUCGCGCGCGAGACCUACAACGCCAUGACUGCUGCUCCGUCCUUUUCGGAACCGAACCGUAAACUCUCAAAGACCGGCGUUGUCCCCUUCGACCGCUCUCCCAACAGCAAGUUCUUCGUCCUCAACGCCCAGAUCUCCUUCCCGCAGUCUGCGCGUAACUCUGGCCUCAAGUCUGGCUUCCAGAUCCUCUCAUCAGAACUCGAGUCAACUACUAUCUACUACCAGUUCUCGAAUGAGUCGAUUGUUAUCGAUCGCUACAGCACCAGCGCUGCCUCGCAGACCACUCCUGGAAUCAACGCGGAUCCUGAGUCUGGACGUUUGCGUCUGUUCGACAUCAACGAAAGUUGCAGAAGUAAUGGCAAAGGCAAGAACGAGCACAUGGAAACCUUGGACCUUACCAUCGUGGUCGACAACUCUGUUCUCGAAGUUUAUGCCAACUCGCGCUUCGCGCUAUCUACUUGGGCUCGUUCUUGGUACGCCAACUCCACUGAAAUCCGCUUCUUCCACGACGGCGAGGGCGAGGCCUCGUUCAGCAAAAUCCAAGUUUCGGACGGCUUGUACGAUGCUUAUCCCGACAGGUCGCAGUAUACUGUUUGA